CUUCGCCAAAACAACAGCCAGCCAGCAGUUUACCAAACAUCUUCAAUAGCCAGUCAAAAGAUUGUCAAAACAACUCUAACAAAUAGACCAGCCAUCAUACUUAGAAAAAGUACCUCAAUUUCUACAAGCUAUUUUCAUAAUGAAAAGAAAAACGGUUACAAAACACGAGCGAAUGUCAUCUUCUGAUGAAGGUUUAUUUGAAAUCGAGAGAUUUAAGAAAUGUUCAAAAACAUUUUUGAUUAAGAAUACUUUAAAUUUUAUAGACUACACGCUUUUUUUUAACUAUGUUAGAGAUAAAUUAAUUUUAAAGUUAAAAGAAUCAUGUUUACAAUCAUCUAUAAAAUUUAAUUUACAUGUGGAUAGCGUAUACGAAAGAAUACUCACUCAAGAAGUUCGGGACAUAGCUUUCAAAACUUCUAAUACACUUGCAUGUAAUUCAUCCGAUUUCAAUAAAUUACUAAAUGGAAUGUUCAAUAAAUUAUUAUCUGAACAAGACCAGUUUUUAGCGAAAGGAUCUGGGUGGUCCCUUAAAAUUAUAGAUGUAUUACAAUUGAGAAUUAAUACAGUGAAUCCUCUCAGAGGAGGAACGUAUCUAGAUCUACCUGAAUAUAUAAAAGAUAAAAGAGCAAUUAUAAAUGUAAAAAAUAACGAUGCUAAAUGUUUUAAAUAUUCAAUACUAUCUAAGUUUGAUAAUCGAUCGAAUAAAACUUAUUUGAAUAAGAAAUAUUUUAAAAUGUUAGAAACAAAAAGUGGUUUAGAUUUUAAAUGUAUUGAUUUUCCAACACCAAUCAGUCAGAUGAAAAAAUUUGAAUGUACAAACGAUGUAUCAAUUAAUAUUUAUAGUUUAAAUGAUAAAAAACAUAUUUUUCCUUUGUAUAUUUGUAAUACUGAAAGAAAAAAACAUUUCGAUCUUUUUCUGUUCAAUAAUGAUGAAACAUCACAUUACUGUUAUAUAAAAAAUUUUUCAAGAUUCGUUAGAAGUCAGAAAACUAAAAAUUAAUGACUUAAUGACUCAGUUUAAAAGCGUUAUCUAGCGGAACAAAAUACAGCAGUAUUAUUAUUUUCAUUGAUUUAUUUACCACUA